CCAAAUCCCCACGCCUUCUCUUGGCGCCCGAACGUAACCGUCUCAACUCUCAACCAGCAGGCAACAGCCUGUCUUCUCCCCCUCGCCGGAGCUCCUAGAAGAACCCAUCCCACUUUCCCCACCUCUUCCUCCAAUCCUCCCUCCCUUCCUCCCUCUCUCCACCGCGAAUCUCCCUCCCCCUUCUGCUCUUCUCUGCAGGAGCAGCAACCGGCGACCGAUGGACCGGUUCCCCGACCGGCGUCACGUGCGGCUGCGCAGCCGCGAGCAGGGAUGGUACCUCCACGCCACCAGCGACGGGAUGGACGUCUGCCUCAACCGGGACCGGAGGUCGGUGAACGCCGCGUGGGCCGUGCACCUGGACAACGGGCGCGACGGCGUGCGCCUGCUCCUGCACAGCGCCGCCUACGGCCGCUACCUCGCCGCCACCAACAAGAAGGCGCCGCGAGGCCACCGCGGCUUCAGCACCAAGCUGCUCGAGUGCUACGAUUUCGAGGGGGAUGAGUCCGUCAGGUGGGAGGCCGUCAUGUCCGGGUCCAAGGAGGACGUCCAGCUCCGCCACGUCGAAGCCGACGGGAAGUUCCGCUACCUCCGCGGCAGCGGGAAGUACCGCUACUGGAAAGAUAAGGUCACCGUCCACCGCAAGAACCGCAGCACGAUGACCCACUGGGUCGUGGAGCUCAUCCCGCUCAGCCAGGGCUUUCCUGGCAUUCCAGGCCCUUUUGAUGAACCCGUCCCCAGCAACUUCGGCCUCAUGUUAGGGCGCGAGCUGCCGCCGUGGCGGCUGAUCAAGUACGUCAGGGCAGCCGAGGACGGGAGCUACAACCAACAGGCGAACGCCUGGACCACGAUCCAGUUCAGGGGGAACUCGGUGGGCACCCUGAGGAACGAGUUGGCCAGCCGUACGGGCAUCACCGACGUGGACUUCGUCAUGUGCAUCCAAGCGGGCCGCCAAGGGCGGCUCACGCCCGUGCUCGUCAACAUGCCCCGCGAGGGCCACGGCGACACCGUCUACAUCGUCAUCAUCGUCUCCGGGACGCCUGGAGAAGCUGCACUGCGCUAUCCGGAUAUCAACGCAUAGUAGAUGAGAUCAGAGUAGGACUCCAGACAGCCGCCUCACAGUUCACCUCUUCAGAAGUGUCACUGCCUCGGACACGACAACAUGAGAAUUCAGAACUCUUGCAUAGAGAUAUAGGUUCAUAAAAACUGAUCAGCUAUUGUGUUUCUGCUAGCUAAGCUUGGUAUGUUCUCCUGACAGGAGGAACCUGUUUGCUUCGGCCUCGUGGUUCUAAAACUCAGAACUCCUGAAAGCGUUAAGUAGAAUGGCUGAACAAUUAUGCAGUUACAUUGGUUGCUCUUAUUCUGGCAAUUACUUUCUCGUUUA